GUGUAUGUGUGUAUAUUUAUACCCGUAGAAACAUAUGCGAAGACGGUGAAAGUGAACGGAAAACCACUGGCGCCAAAUCUUUGUGCUCUCCAAUCAACACGGUUUUUCUUCUUCCCCAUAUCAGGCACCGUAUUCUCCUUCUUUAUAUAUAUAUAUAUAUAUAUAUUUGAAAUAUGCGUCGUUUACUGGGUUCUCGUGUAUUCCAUGGCCAAUUUUCUUCACCAUCACCUUCAUCAUCACCACAACAGCAACAAGAAGCAACAGCGUUUGAAGGGUUUCAUUUUGGUUUCAUCAUGUGCCGGGCUUUUAGGGGUUGGUCUUGUUGUAAAUUUUUUAUGGGCUUCUUCUUCUUAUUUUUCUGCUGCGUAUCAGGCAGUGGCGUCUGGCUGGGAUUUCAAUUCAUCGCCGACGGUUGUUGUCCCAAAUGUCGACGGCAGCAUUGUUGAAAGGAUAGCAAGGGGAAAAUAUUCAAAAAACCAGAGUGUUGUGAGAUUACUAUCAGCAACAUAUGCUGAUUUACCAGCACCAGAGUUACAAUGGGAGCAAAUGGCAUUGGCUCCAGUGCCUCGUCUUGAUGGAUCAGCAAUACAGAUUAAGAAUCUUUUGUAUGUCUUUUCAGGCUAUGGCAGCCUUGACUACGUGCACUCUCAUGUUGAUGUAUAUAAUUUUACUAAUAACAAGUGGAGUGAAAGAUUUGACGCACCGAGAGAGAUGGCAAAUUCACAUUUGGGAGUAGCAACUGAUGGAAGGUACAUCUAUGUGAUCUCGGGGCAAAAUGGACCUCAAUGUAGAGGUCCAACAGCUCGGUCAUUUGUCCUUGACACCAACACAAAGAAAUGGUGGGACAUGCCUCCAUUACCAGCACCCAGAUAUGCUCCAGCAACUCAAAUAUGGAGAGGCAGGCUCCACGUAAUGGGUGGCAGCAAAGAGAAUCGUCACACACCAGCUGUGGAGCACUGGAGUAUCGCAGUCAAAGAUGGCAAAGCCUUGGAAAAAGGGUGGCAGACAGAAAUACCAAUUCCUCGGGGUGGACCACAUAGGGCAGGUAUUGCUGUUAAUGAUCGGCUUUUUGUUAUUGGUGGUCAAAGAGGGUGACUUUAUGGCCAAGCCUGGGUCACCUAUUUUCAAGUGCUCACGCAGGCAUGAGGUAUUU